CCAUCAGUUCCUCCCCUCUCCCUUGUUAUCUCUCGCCUUGACUAUUGUAACUCCCUCCUCAUUGGCCGACCUCAUCGCAGGCUAUCCCCUCUUCAGUCUAUCAUGAAUACUGCUGCCAGACUCAUCCAGCUUACUAACUCUUCUGUAUCUGCCACCCCUCUCUGCCAAUCCCUCCACUGGCCUCCACUCAGUGUCCUCCACCCCUCUCUGCCAAUCCCUCCACUGGCCUCCACUCAGUGUCUUCCACCCCUCUCUGCCAAUCCCUCCACUGGCCUCCACUCAGUGUCCUCCAUCCCUCUCUGCCAAUCCUCCACUGGCCUCCACCCCCCUCUGCCAAUUCCCUCCACUGGCCUCCACUCAGUGUCCUCCAUACCUCUCUAC